GAUCAGAGAAGAGUGACAUAUGCCCUCGAUGUGCAGUUAUAUCAUUGUGAAAUGAAAUGCUAUUGACAACAAGAGUUUAACGGUUCUUUAAUGAGAUCAGACUCUGAACUUUCAUUGGUGCUGCCAUCACUGGUCUUUCAUCAUCAGUUUAUCACAAGAUUAUGUGCAGCUUGAUCCUUACAGUCAAUAUACGAUGGCAUCCUUGUCUGCAACAAACACCGAUGUAUGAUAGGAUUCCCUGGUUCAAUAGUACCCUUCAAGCCCAAUCGUGAUCAGCUUGUCCAUCCGUUAGUGCAUAUGUCCCCACAGCAGGAGCAGAGUGGUCCAAAAAUCCCAGAACAUUGCCUUAUUCCAAAGUCAGCAAGCACUGCAUGAUAAAAAAGGGGAUCUCCAGAUGAAUCGGUAGUUUACAGUGGAUGGACAUCAAUGAAUCGACGAAGGAACACAAUAUCGAGAUGGAAGACACUGCAGUAACAAUAGAUUUCAGUGGACCAUCUGAAAGCCAUCAUCCACAGCAGGACGGAAUAUUAGAACAAUGCAGCUCAAAUCUGGACAUCAUGGAGACCAGAAAAUCCCGGCGAAAAAACCAGCCAAGGCGAAUAAUUGUGGAAGAGGUGGAUGACCACUGUGAUCUCUGUGGAGAAGACUUCAGCAACAGCAAUGCCUACCUUCUCCACGUAAAGAAAUGUCAAGAUCACAGCACCGUCUGCUUCAGGGAGUCGCAAACAAAAUCAAAGAGCAAUUCAUCAAGUGAGGACACGGAGGUUCCUUCUGCUAACUCCAAGAAGUGUGGAGGAAAAGUGACGUGCGAUCAUUGCUAUGAAAAAUUCUGGCAGAGCGAGAUGAAAGAUCACAUACAGGAAGUGCACGGAAUUUCAGACAUGUACACCUGCUGUCAUUGCCAGGCAACGUUUGACUCCAGGCGGAGUUAUGCAUCUCAUAUGAGAUACGAACAUGAUGACAAAAAAGCCUUUAAAUGUUCCUUCUGCAGUAACGCCUAUGAACUCUACGAGUCAUUGAAAAGACACAAUCGCAUUCAUAAUAAGGAGCUGGCACUUACUUGUGAUGAGUGUGGAAAGUCGUUCGCAGAGAAAAUCACUUUAAAGAGACACAAAACAAUCCAUACAGGAGAAAAGCCUUACUGUUGCAAAGUGUGUGGAAUGGCCUUCCGUGACCCCAGUACAAUGAGAAAGCAUGUAAAACGUCACAGCUCAGAGCGACCUUUCUCCUGCGAGACAUGCGGGAAGUUAUUUGCCAGUACGUACGACAUGAGGAAACAUUCCCGGAUUCACUUGAAUGAUGAAGAAAGACCAUACAAGUGUGAGGUGUGUGGGAAAGCUUUCUACCUGAUUGCUGCUAUGAAAACUCACCUAAGAACCCAUUCAGGUGAGAGGAUUUUCAAAUGUGAUAUGUGUGACAAGGCAUUCUGUGACUCGAGAAAUCUGUGGGCUCACAGGAAAAUCCACACCAAUGAACGGGACCAUCAGUGUGCUGUAUGUGGUGUGGCCUUUAGGUGGAGCUGCAAUCUAGUCCGACACAUGAAGACAGUACACGAGGGAGUCAGAGAAUUUGUGUGUAGCGUGUGUGGAAAGGCAUUUGGACAGAAAGGUGCACUGACCGUGCACCUCCGAAUCCACAGUGGAGAGCGUCCAUUUUCUUGUGAGGAGUGUGGGAAAAGCUUCACUGACAAGAGCUCGCUGUAUCACCAUUUGGAGACGCAUCAGAAAAUUAAGCCGUUUCCCUGUCAGAUCUGUGGACGGAGGUUUGGGCGGGGUUUUGUCUUAAAGCGCCACAUGAAUCGCCACGUAAGGAAGAUGGUCAGUCGAGUGAUGAACUCCACCAAUGAGAAAUGCAACGAGAUUCUCAUCCAAGAUGCAGAGCCUGAUUUGAAUUUGUUGACAGAAGCAGAAGAAAUGAGUGAUGUGAACGAUGAUGAAGAAAAUGAUGAAUAUGAUGAAUUUGUAGGCGAUGAAGAUGUCGAAGAGGACCGUAAACAAAGCAACUUCGAAUCUGCUUCCAAAAAUGUUCUAGAAUCUGAUUAAAAAAUUAAAGAUGCUUCAUAGUUAUAAGUAGAUUGAGCAGAGAAUGAUGGAUGCCCAGAUGACUUGCUAAAUCUCAUUUGCUUUUAAUUACAAGCAAAGACAAACUUGGCAGCUCAUAUCAAUUUCAUUCCUAGCAGUUUUAAAGUGCCAGUAGCUGUGAAAGUAAUGGCAAUUUAACCUUGUUUUUCUUCAAAAUAUCUCAAUGGCAUGGGAAUACAUGUAUACCCGGUAUAUUAAUGACUAUAAUAAAAACAUUUAUUUUGUACAAAAAGAAGAGAAUUAAACCUAGUAAAAUUACUUAAGAUAACCACUUUUAGUGUUAAGAAAUAUAUAAGAAAGUAUUGUCUAGCAAGACAAUAACUAUUCAAUCACCACAUCACAUAUUCAUGUGCCCAUUUUGAGGGUAAAAAGUGUUUGAAAUCAUUAAAUUCUGGUGUUGUUACUGAAAUAUAUAAAUCGGGCAAUUUUCAUUGAAUUAAAUUUUUGGCAACAAAAUGACAGCUAAUGCCCCUUUAAGUUAUAUGCCCUAAAUGACAUUGACAAUAUUUUUAGAGCAAGUGAUAAAGUUACUUUUUAUCUAUGGUGUUCACUAUGAUAUAUUUCAAAGAGGAGAUCGAUUUGUAUAACUGACUUUACUGACGAAAUUGAUGAUAUCUGUUACUCUCCAUUUUAAGUUAUUCAUCUGUAUAUUAAAUCUUGUACAAUAUACUGCAUAUGUUGUUGAUUAUGAAACAAAUUGAUCAAUUAGGGGGUGAGAUCUAGAAAACUUAAUUCACAUAGUUUUCACCAAUACACCCCCCCCCCCCCCCCAAAUAAAUAUGAUGAAUGUUGAAACUAAUUGAUUAAAAACAUACGAGUAAAAAUAACACUCUGUAUACCUUUUCUACUCUUUAUUCAUAGAUAAAAGUGUACAUUAAAUCUAUUAGUAUUAUUAUUAUGUGGCUUUUACCAGUCGCUUCUUUUUUCCACUGAAGCGUAAUCGAUGUCGGAUGACAAAAACUUGAGGGAGAUUUUACUCCCCCUCCCCUUAACUAUUUGAAUUUAGAUUUUUAUCUGACAUCGAUCUUUUGAUCUUAACCCUAAACCACGACUUCAGGGACUUUAAGGGGAAAUUUCAGAUUAUAAACAUACCAAUUUAUUUGUAUUUGAGCACAAUUGGGGUUUCCAUGCCAUUCAGUAAAUGACCUUUCAAACUCUUAACUGAGUUAUUAUUACCUAUUUGUAAAUGUUUUGAUAUUGCAAAUAAGAUGCAUCUGUGAAACUCAUCACAAGGAAUUGAUAUGGAGAAGAAUGAUCAGUUACUUUUAAAGGAAUACAAAUGUGGAAUAUGAAAGCCCUAUUACAAUCCAAUCAAAAUAUCAUGGCCUAUGUAAAAAUUUUGGUACGAAAAGGUCUUGUCACAAAGAAAGCACACAUUUAUGUGAAAUACGAAAGCUCCAUCCAUUCACAGUGAUUUUUAUACAUCCGCUAUUAGGAUUAUGAUAUGGCACUAUCCGUGCUUCUGUCUGUCCGUCCAAGGUCAUGUUUUCCGGACUUUUUUCUGUAACGGAUGCAUGUACAACUUUGAAAUUUUGUCACAAUUUUUCCCUCAAGAAGUGCGAGAGUGACUCUGCAUUUCAGCUGGAUUGGCCUACUUAAAAAGUAGGUCAGUUUUCCAGACUUUUUUGUUACAGAUACAGAUGUUGCCCUGAAAUUUACACAUUAACUUCCUCCAAGAGGAAUAUACUUUGCAUUUCAACUGGUUUGGCCAACUUAAAAAGUAGGUCAAACAGUUUUCCAGACUUUUUUUGGUUACAGAUACAGAUGUUGCCCUGAAAUUUUUAAGCUUUCUCCAAGAGGAAUACGAGUUCAGAUUGCAUUUCAGCUGGAUUGGCCAGUCCGUCCGUGACCUACAUUAUUUAAGAUUAAAAGUAGAUCAAACAGUUUUCCAGGCUUUUUUUUCAUUAUGGAUAUAUAGGCAUUGUCCUGAAAGAUGGGUGAACUUGGUGAACAAUAAGCCUGUAUUCAUGAUUGGGCACCGGUUGCAAAUCGUGAGUUUAAAAUCUGCAUUGAUGGUACCCGUAGUUACAAUAAAUACAGUAUCAUACCAAAACGCUGUCCAAAAUAUUUAGAAUUUAAAAAACCCCAAAUAUAUGGAUCAUAUUGUUUCUGUCCCAUUUGUAUUUGCUGGGAAAUCUAACAAAUUUGUGUUCUGUAACUGUAAAAUUGGCCUCAGAGUUGUACCAAAAGAGGCGAGAACUGAUGCCUUUAUUAUAUUCGGUAUACUAGUACCAGUAGGUUUUAAAUGCUGUUCAAAAACAUUUGUUGGAUAAAAACUGAAUCCAAAUCAAAGCAUUAAUACUGCGCACCAUACAGAAAACGCUAUUCCACAUUUAAUUUACAUCACAAAACGCGAGGUUUCUCACUCGCAUCAGUUAAUUUGUUAAUGGAAAUGUGGAGCACGUACUGUUGGAUGUUGUAAGCAUGUAUGCAGUGUCAUUUGGUACCUUAGGUACUCCAGGCACCAGUGUGAUUAUGUGAGCGUUAAAAGCCGUUUAAUGUCUGAUAUACAUGAUAUUGCCUGUGAAUGAUGAUUUUAAUUAAAUUUUCUUCUUUGAAGUCACACACUUGAUUUGCUUUGUUUUUGUACUGUGCCUUUGAGCAACUUUUUGAUUGUUGCAAGAUUGCAUGCUAGGAGUAAAACUUAGCAUAAAAUGCCAGAGACAAAUAAUUGUGGGAAGUCUAAUAAUUCACAAGAAAAAAAUAGAUAGGAGAGAAAUUGGAAUUCGAACCAGAUAUGCAAUCCAAGUCUGUCCCAAAACUUAUUGAGACGGCCCCUAUACAACCUUGGCUAUUCAUCCCAUGAUUAAUUUUUGAAUUUCAAGCUAUCUAAAGUCACCCGUCGUGGACAUGUAAACUUUCUUGAUAAUAUGACAAAAGUUUUACACAAGAAAGUCAAGUUUUUUUCAGAGUGGGUCAAGUCUCCAUACUUACAAAACAUAUUACACCUGAACAUGUACUAACAUUUUUUAAUCAAUCUUCGCCGAUUCCAUAUGAAAAUCUGCUUGGGAAAGUCAAAUUUACUGUUAUUUUGCGAGUUUUUUGCAUUUGAAUAGGAUUUUUUCAUUUGAAAUGGGCACAUCGAAAGAGCAUUUCUGGAAACUAUGGAUUGAUUGCUUUAACUAUAGAAUGCAAAUGUUUCUUUUUCAAGAGAGCUUCAAUUUUAAAUUUGAUAUUUACUUUGCGAGUUCGUCGGCUCGAUAAAGUCACCCAUCUUCUUUAGUCAAAGGCUUCCUCUUGGAGUUCAGUUUCCAUUUCAGCUGGAUUGAGACACAGGGGCUAAGCCCGUGUGGAUUGAGGGGCCUCCGUGGCCGAGUGGUUAGAGCAUCGCCCUCAAAAUCACACAGGCCUCACCUCUGCUUGGUGCGGGUUCGAAUCCCGCUCACGCUGGCAAGUGAGGAAGUUUCCCAGUUUACUUGCAGAGGGUCAGUGGUCUCUUCCCGGGCACAAUGUAUCUGGGUUCUCUCUACCACCAAUAAAAACUGGGCGCCACCAGAUAACUGAAAAAUUGUUGAGAGUGGCGGAAAACAUCAAUCUCAGCUGGAUUGGUCCAUCCUUCACCUACUUCAGGUCUCAAAAUAUGUCAAAGUUUUCCAGGCUUUUUUUUUCCUUCCAAACACGGAUAAAGAUAUUGCCAUAUUUCUUCAGACUUCCUCUUGGAGGAAUUAAAAGUGGAGUUAGCAUUUCAGCUGGAUUGGUGCACUAUGACCUACCUUAGGGGUAGAAGUAGGUCACAGUUUACCAGAUUUUUUUCCCAAUAUGGUUUACAGGUAUUGUUCUAAAUUUUGUCACAACCACUUUCUCAAAUAUAUUAUCAGUUCACAUUUCAACUUAAUAUGGUGCACCAUGACCUUUUUUAAAACUAAAAGUAGAGCAAAUGUUGUUAUGGACUUUUAUCAUAGAUAUUGCACCGACAUCUUGUCACAACCUCCCUCUAAGGGCACCUGUAUUCAGACCUAGAUUGGGUGCAGAAAAACCAGAUCCAAUUCUGGCUUCAAGUUUUAGCAGGCUGACCAAAAUCCACUGAAAAAGUGAAAUUCUUCAAAAUCAUUGAUCAUCCAAUAGAAAAUCUUUAAUCCUAACCCUUGAACCCUAUGGCCUUGUUACUGUAGGAUCUACAAGAUCACUCAAUGUCUUCACUAAAUCAGUUUCCUAGACAUACAAGUACAUGCACUUCAAAAUGGCCAUUUGGUCAGUUCAGUACGAUAAUUAAAUACCCAUAUCCAUGGAGAGAAUCUGAAAACACUUUCAAUAUUCAUGCAACCAAGACUCAACCUUCUGUAAUCAAGGCAACUUUCAUAUUUCAUUAAAUGGGCAUUUUAAGUUUCUAAUCGUGAAAAUGUCGCACAUUUAAAUGUGAUAUGAAAGGCAACAUCCUUGAAAAAAGACGUGAACCAUGGUUGCAUGCAGCAAUACAGAAAACCAACUACAUAAAAACAUUUUAAUUUCAUUUUAUUUUUCAAAUCUUUCCAAGUUUCACAAUAUACACUUCCAAUUUAAAAACUUGUUUUUUAUUCACCAAAAUAUUUUUUAUUACCAUUUUGACAGUUGUAACUAAUUCUUUAAUCCUAAAUUAAUGUUAUUUAUCAUAACAAUUUAAUAUUUGGAUUAUUAAGAAUAAAUCACUUAUCCUAGAUGGAAUUUACAAUGUAUUCAAGAUUUUGGAAAUUUUAAUUGCGCGAAAAUCUCUUCAUCAUUACAACAUCAGAUCUAGAGUUUCAUUUCAUAAAACACUCAUAAAAUUAUUUACAAAUCACCCAAAUUUUUUAUAGAAUUAAUCACAAAAUUUAGAUUGACAAUUAAGGCACACCAAAUAGUGGUCAGCUGUUAGCUGCGAGCCGGCCACCCAACCCUAACUCCCCUCAUGUAGAGAGGAGGGGGAGGUGAGAUUUUCCCAUUGCUCUGACCAGCUGUCGGCAAGUGUUUUCUCACUUUCUGACCAUGCCAAUUUAGAAGGGCCACAUCAUGCUUAUCUAGUAUACAUAUUUAUCUUGCCAGGCACAUAUACUAUCCUUGUUCCCCUUCAUACGCCAUAAUCUGCAAACAGAAAACCUAGACCUUUCCACAGGUCUACAUACCACACAACAUAAUAUACAGUGAACAGAGCAAUCAAGAGAAACUAAAUUAGUUUUAAAGCAGAGAGAAAUAAUCCAAUUAAUGACCAUUACACAAUGUUAUGAUAACGGGCAGUAACCAGGAACAUAAAUGCUGUUUUAAGACCAACAUGGCUACUUGAAUCACCAUGCUACACAUUACAAACUUGAAUGACCCUGUAUGAUAUACAUGUAAAUUAACUUACAGAUGCCAAAGCAGAGAAAACCUGUUAAAAUAACAAACAAAAACACAAACCCGUGUUCAACUGAUCACAGGACAAUUCAACAAGAACUGCCAACAAAAAUUUUGUUUACCAUUGAUAGUAUUAAGCUUAAAUGCAUAGAUAAGUGUAAUGUAUGACUCGCUUUUACCUCAAACUGUUUACGAUUCAAUUUUGAUAAAAAAUAAGUUAUAUGCAAGUCUAGUAGACUACAUUAAACUGAACACAAAAAAUGUGUUAAAUGUUAAUUACAUCGUAGGGGUAAAGAUAGCAGACUAUAUCAUCCACACAGUGCCACUUUCAGAAAGCCCCAAGUCCAGAGCUAGUGCUGCAUACAAUUAGCAUGUAAAGAAAGGACAAAAUUAAAUAACUUUCAUGCUUCAACAUUAUCUAGAUGUCCAAGUGGUAACUACUACACUUAAUACUUAGAAACACAUUUUAGUAGGGGUUACAAAUAUUUUGGCUAUGCAUCAACACGACAAAGAAAUUACACCUUAGGAUGUGCGCAGAAAUAUUACUGAAAAUUUAGUAUACAAAAGAAAUGGAAUACCACAUGAAGGCAGUGAGGGUUACUUAGUGACCAUUAACCACUGCUAAUUUUCAUAUAUAAACAUUACUUGGUAUAUACAACAAAAAGAAACACACAAUAAAAAUUACACAGCAUAUUAAAUAUCACAAAGAAUACCACAUUGAGGCAGGGAAGGUUAUUUAGUGUCUGCUAAUAGCUGCUAAUUUUCUUCUCAUGCCAAAUCAAUCAUCUUCACACUGGUACAUAAGAGGAGAAAACAAAACCCAACCAAGUACAUGUUGAAUUAAAGUUACAAUAGCUAGGAUAACUUGCUACUUCACACAAAUCUUGGAUUAUUGCAUAGUAUGCAGAUAGGCAAUAUUAACAUAAUUAAAAUAGUGUUGCUGCCAGAAAAUUGCGACAACUAGGAAAGAACCAAUUUCGUGACAAUUGAGGAAGUUUGAAAUGCCAACACAGCAAGUCUUGGUUACAAUAGCAGAUUAUAUGAAACUAUGAAAAUCAAAUUUAUGGCAUGCAAAUUACCACACUUCACCAUCAGUUAUAUUCAAUAUAUCCCAAGUUUUCUAUAAUUUACAUGAAAUGGUGCAUGCUUCCAAUAGAUAGCCUUCUCUACAAAUAAAAGUAAAACUCUACAUCUGUGAUAUUGCUAUAAAGCUUCCACAUCUUUGAUCAACAAACAAGGUGAAGUAUAAAAAACAAUACUUUGCAGAAAAUCUGCGUUAUUUCAAAUCUAAAGCCUACUAUGGUACAGAAUCAUACACAAUAUAAAAAUGGGUAGCAAGAAAUACCUUCCUUUUUUUCAAAAUACAAAUUGUGCACCGACUGCAAGGCAUAACACUGAUAAGCAUCUCUUAUAUGCACCUUUCCAUCACUUCAUCCUAUAGGUAAAAAGAGCCCCAACCCCCUAUACACAAAGAACAAAGCAGCUAUGCAGAUAAUUUAACACAGUACAAUACUUGUUAAAAAGUUUCAACUAACAUAAUUUAACAUUAAAAAAUUUAUGACUAAAGCACAUUAAGAUGGGUGAUUUUCUUACUGGAUGGAUUAUUGCAUGGUUUACUCCUUUGAUGAUUCAAGAAAAACGGCCCUUCUUCAAAUCAAGAAUUUUUUUUCUUCUACCAGUUUUCCUGAAAAUACUGCAGAUAUUACCCCCCCCCUUCCAAUGCCUAUUCAUUCUGGCAAAACUGCAUAGAUUCUCUAUUGAUGGAAUUUUCAUGUUGAAGAUGUUUAUUUGCAUAGCAAGUAGUAGUUCCUACUCGAUUUCAUUACACAAUGGCACAACACUGGCAUCCACGAAUCUUAUCCAAAUUCAGCAAUCCUAUAGAAAUCCAUUUUAUAAAAGAAAUUUCUCCAAAGAAUUAAUCCAAUGAAAACCUGCAAGGAAGCAAACAGGUUUUUGGACAACAAUCCACGUCGAUUUUCAUAUUUACUCUUCAAAAUUGAAUGUAUACCCUGCAAAAACUUUAAUCUUCAAAUGGCAACAAUAUGCAAUAGCAAUAUCAAAAUUCUUUAUGAUGUGUAUGCUUUUAGAUACAUAUCUUUCUGCAAGUAAAAUUUACUACCAUCAUUCACUCAAUGUAAAUCCAGCAAGGAUAUUGGUCGGCAUUUUUUCUCUCGUUAAAUUCUUUAAAAUGGACUUUAGUAAGGAGGCAACACAGCAUUUCUUUACAAAGCUGCAUUAGCAGGGAUUUAUCAUGGUACUCGGAAUUCUUAUCUGAAACAUUAAUGCACAAUCUUCUCCCAAGCACAUAUAAAUUUUUCACACCCAAGCAGUAUGUUUAGCAUCAGAAUUUGUAUCAGCUGAUAUUUUCCCUUUUUUCACCUUUACACUUCCAUGAAAAAUUUGGCAACUUGCUGUCAAUUCAAAAAGUUAAAGAAAAGAAUCCUACUAAUCUUAUGAAUUGGAACUCUCCAAUGAUUUCAUUUGAUCAUCGCAGCUGGUCUACAGCACUGUACUUGCUUUCUCCAACCCGAGCUCGACUCUUUACUUCCUCAGUAACCUAUAAACUCUGAAACUUGAUAGGCAUUGUUAGGUAUCCCCUACCCCUUCAGAAUUUCAAGUUUACAGAUAAUUUAUUUAUUUCCUAUGCUACGCCACACACAAUGAAGAUUGUUACAUUUAAAUACCUGAGAAACGUAUUGUAGUGAACUUGCCAAUUGAAUAUUUGAUGCUUUAAAUUUCAAUCUGCAAUUUGGAGCCCUUCAAAAAUCCUACAUCAAAAGUUUCCAUGUCAACAUCAGCUUUAGUUGUGACGCGCAAGCUGGAACUUGGACUGGAUUCUGUUUUCGGGUAGCACUAGCAUAAAUUCUGAAACUUAGUAAAAAUAGCACAUCUCUCCCCCCUUCAUUACAAAUUGAAUCUCGACAAGCAUUCAUUUCUGAAAAAUAAAAUGGAACACUCCCUACUUCAACAUCAAAUGUUCUUCUUACUGUUGAGCUCUGCAGAAAUCCACUACUGGGCUUUCUUUCAACACUGCUUUAUUUACUGACUGUCAUACCUAAAUUCUGAAACUUGACAGACAUGGUUAGGUCCACAAGCCCCCUACAUCAAGAUUAAAGUCCAAGGUUUCCUGUUUCAAUAUCAAAGCUGAAAAUACAGAUCCUGUGAAGUGUUGCAUCUUAAAUCUAGCAUCAUGGACAACUUUUAAUAUGGAAACACUGACAAUCUUUAGAUUUUUCUUUUAAAAUGUCUCGGUCAAAUAAAUACUUCUACAAUCCUAAUGUACUGCAGUUUUCUUGUUGAUCUAAAUUUUCUUUUAAAGUGUUUCUGCAUUAAGGAAGAUGCUUUUAAUGCUGUAACUUGGAUGGGAUUCAUCAUUUUCAAAAUGAGGCUAAACUUCUACAAUACAUGAAAAUAUUUUCCUUUCCGUCCAUUGUACGACAUGCAAUUUUUGCCUUCGGGUAAAAAAAACAACCAAAGAAAAUCUUCUAUUUGAAAAAUCACACGUCUUUAAGUUUUCUUACUGGAUCCCGCAGUGCACUUCAAUGACCCAUCUUUGGAUUUUUCACACCUGUAGAAAUUUCUUAAUUGCAUCACCUAAUGUACAUGUUUAAAAUUCCCCCUCAGUUGUGAGAUUACGUUUGGCAGUUGCUUUGCUUAAUGAUGGAACUUGGACUGCUUUCACUAUUUUGAAGUACGGCAAAGAGCUGGACCCUGAAAACUUUAUAAAAGUUGUAAGAUUCCCCCUCCCCCAUAACACAAAUCUCACUGCAAUUCUGAUGACAUGGAAAAAACUGGGAAUCUCUUACUUGCAGCAAUUUAAUUCAUCUUCCAAGUUUUCAAGAAUCCUACUGAAAAUGGAUUUAGAACACUCAUUGGUAAAUUGAAUAUGCAGCACAGGACUUUGGCUGGAUCCUAUAGGGUCUUGCAAAACUUCAAUCUGAAACUUGUGAAAUGUUGGGUAUCAAGUUCCCUCCCCCCAAUCAAAGUUCAAGUGAAGCGCAUCAACAAAUCCUUUCUAACUUAAAAUAACUUGCCCUUCAGUAAUCCCGUCUUUCUUUUCAAAAUUCCCUACAAAUGGUAAACAUCUUAACGCUGGUUAGGAAAUAGUGCACUUGCAUGUGGAUCAUUCUUUCAUGAAUCUUGGACAGCAUUCGUCACCUCAAGCCUUAUACAAUCCCCAUCUUAAAAUCAAAGCUGGAUACAAAACUUUGCAAGUUUAAGUUUUUCCCUAUGAAGUAGCACAUCAUGCAAUCUUCGACUUCCAUUGGAAAGAAAAUGGAAUUGGUUCAAAAUCCUUUCUACUGAAAAUUCACUCAAGGAGAACACCAAUGAUCAGAUCUUUGAAAUUUUUCAACAGGUCCGUGUCCAAACUUUUGCCAAAUUCUUUUGGAUUGUUUCAAGCUUGAAUUUCUGAAACUUAAUGGACAUGCAUUAGAUUCCCCCCUCCCCCCCAAAAGGUCUACAAUUACAUAAAAUACUUUAACUCGAUGCAAUAGAUUUUACUUGCCCUAUAUCUCAUGUUUUAAAUGCUCUUCUUAAAAAAAUUGCUUUCUUUCAAAAUUGCUUGCAAAAAGUUAAGCUUCUGAAUCCCGUCUUUCGAAACUGAGCUGAUGGAACUUGGGACUGCUUUCACUAUUUUGAAGACUCGAGUACUGCAAAGGGCUGGACCCUGAAAACUUCAUUAGUUGUUAAAAUUCACCCUCCCACCAUUUAAUACAUAACCAAUCACUUUACCAUUCUGAUGACAUGGAAAAUGCAGAACCGGGAAUCUCUUACUUGAAAAGCUUAAAUUCAUUGGCACGUCCUUGGGAAAAAUCGAUUUAAAGUACUCCAUUAAUCCUAUAGAUCUAAGGAUUUGCAACAUUAUCCAACACAGGAACUUCUGCAGGAUCUCAAGGUCUUGCACAAAUUCUGAAACUACUGAGGCAUGGUUUGAUUUUCCCCUCCCCCAAAUACAAUUCAGUUGACUGCAUGCAAAUACAUUCGAGGAUGAAAAGAAAUCAAUUUUUCUACAUAUCCCUACAGGAAAAUGUUAUGGAAGACAAACUGCUAUUAAGGAAAUAUCUUCUCUUCCGCAAAAUUCUUGAUAAAUUCCACUUCAACAAUCCUAUCUGAGGUUUUCUCUUUGAUCUCUGCUAAUCUAGAAUUUGAAUCCUUCAAAUUGAAAGCUGCUGUAAUGUUUGAAUUCUGGGCUGGUGGUUCCACUGUUUAAGGUCUUGAGCUGGACUCUGAAAGUCAGUAAUUAUUUACAAUAUUCCCCUCCCCCCAUUACAACAGUACAUAUAAUGUACAUUGAUCUUCUAAAUGGAAAACACAUGGCCUAAAUAAAUUCAUUCUUGCUGUAGUCAUUUUCUCAACUUUUAACAAUACCACUGAAAAAUCAAUCUGGGACAGUCCCACGAUGGAGUUGGUGGCUUUUCAAAGCUGUAGAUUGGAGGAACCAUUACUGGUAUACUUCACUGGUCCUAUUAACUUUUUUUUGCAGAAUUCUUCUACGUCUCGCCAAACCUUAGAUCUGAAACUUCAUGAACACAGUUAAGUGUCCCCCCCUCCCCCUUUAUCCACAUUUCUUAUCACCUUAUUGUAUAUUUUAGGUAGCAGUUAUCCUUUUGUGAAAUGGAAAUGUGUAACUUGCCGAUUUGGAAACCUGAAGGUAACCGUCAAUCUUCAAACAAAAUUCCAUGUAAACUGGAACACUCAAGAAUCCUAUUGUGGGAAUUGGCGACCCCUUCUGUGCUUGCACAAAGAAUUUGCUUUCAGAUGGAAUUUAUGCUGGAUUCACCGUUUUCCGGAAGGAAAGACUUGGACUCUGAAAACUCAGAUAUCGUUUAAGAUUUUACCCCCCCCCCCCCCCCCCCCUUUAAUGUUGACAUAUAUACAAUUGUUCAAAUCAGAAAUGGAUUCUCAAUUAACAAAAUUAUAGACUCAUUUUGUAUAAAACACUUGCCAUACAGGAUUUUCGGUCAAACCUCUACAUGAGGACUGUCGCACUUCAAGAGAUUGGUCAUAAAAAAGGAUCACCAAAAGUCAUGAACUCUUCAAACUCUGAAACUUGGCAGACUUCUUCAAGUGCCCACCCCUCCCUUCAUACUCAAAUGACGAAAGCUGUCAAUACCGUUCAAGUUAAAUCCAUAUUAGAGAUGCAGCUUGCUGAGUGCUUGGGUAUUUGAUUUCAUCAGUCAUGGGAUCCAAUUAAAAAUGCCAUAUCUGAAAAGGAGCCUUCAAAAUUGCCCUACCUAAACUUAAUUAAUAUUCCCUCAGGUUAUAGAGUGCUUAUCAACAAUUUAUACAUCUACAUAUGAAGAUAUUAAGCUGAAGUGAUGCUAGCAAUAUUAGAAAGAAAACUGUAAAACAAAAACUUGCACUACUGCUAUUUCAGGGUGGUUGUCAGGAAUAGACGAAGCACCUGUAUGUUUGGGUCUUUAGAAAAAUCAGCAGGAAUUGAAAAAGAAGUCGGUGGCGACCUGUUAAUGCAAAACAAGUUAGCAAAAACCUUCCCCCCAUUCAUGUUAAGCUAAAAUCAAGUGUACUAUGUACAUGUAAAAGGUCAUGCAAGUAUUGAACAGUAUAGCAAAUUUAAAUCAAUGCGAAACAACACCAGUGAAUAUAUAAAGAAACAAAUUCGAAUACUUCAGAACUGUUAAGAAUGCAUUGUAUUUCUUCUAAUUAUAAUAAAAGCUAUAGAUCUAGCUACAUGUUUAUUCAUUUGCAGGUCAAAAGGUCAAUACUGUUAAUUCCAUCUUACAUAAUAUAGUAUGCAGUAGUACAUGAACAAUUGAACGCUACAUUAAACAGUUGGGGGGAGAAAGAAUCAUCUAAAACUUGUAAAUAAGAAAGCGCAGCUUACACUAGAGCGUUGCAUCAAAAUUCCAUUUACCAACACUUUUAUCAUACUUUCGGAAUUCUUCAAUAGUCGAUUACACAACACAAUCAGGAUAUUCUACUGUGCAACCAAGGCAAUCAAAAGUGUCGCUUGACAAGAUCCAAAGAUGUCAACAAGGCAUACUGAAAAACUUGUACAUUUCCCACCCCAACAUGUAACUUCCAACAUCAAUUGUCAAAAAUAUAGUGUACACACAAGUCAUCACUAAAAUACUUUUGAAGUUUUCACAAAUGAAAAACAACAACGAAACAAGUGGUUAACUUACGCAGCCUUUUCAAAUUGCAGCAGUUCCAUUAGGUCAGAAGAGAAAUGCAGAUACCUUUCUUGGGAUAACUUUCUUGUAUAGUCACAAAAAAACACUUUCUACUGGAAGCCUAAAAAACUGCAUUUGCACACACCCAAACAACAUGUCUUAUCACAUUUGAAUCUUUAAAAAGAUAAGUGAACAAAGGAAAGGAGAUAAUGCACCUAACAUAUCUGAAAAAUAUUUUUUAAUGAAGUUCAACAAAUACUUUGUGAUGUAAAUGUAAUUAUAAACCACAAUAAAAAGGUUUUUUUUACCAGGAGCAAGUAGAAGCAUCAAUCAAAUCAAUUUACAGGCACAUGGUUCAAUCUCAAGCGUUACAAAUCUGAAACACAACUCCGUUAAAUUUUACACGCCCACCCCAACCAUGCAAAAUAUACAUGUCAACAAGUUCAAAAUGAUAACAAUUUUGAAAAUCCCCAGUUUACAAAUUGAAUCAUUCUUGAUAAUAUAUGCAUAAUGUUAAAUUAUUCAUACAUUUCUGAUUUUCAAAAUGGGCUCAUGAAAAGAAGCAAAAUAUACAAGAUACAAGAAUUACAAAAUCAUCAUAUACAGAGAAAAAAUACAAUAGCCUACCAGCAAGCAGACCACCAAUGGUAGGGAGAAAGAGCUUUCAACGCUUUUACUUUUGGACCCAACACAUGACAGGAACACUGGGCAUACACACCAGCUUGAAGCAUGGUAUUACAGCAGCAUCAGAUUUCAAUAGUCAAGGUUGUAGGCUGGGAUAUAGGAGCUGCAAAAAUAUUUCUCCAACCCCCUCGUAUGUAAUUUUCAAAUUUAAGAGUGGUCAAACAAGAAACAGUCAACUACAACAGUAUCAACUCAAUAAUAUUUCUUAACAAAUAAAUUAUUUUAAAUAAAAAAGGACAUUUGAAGGUACAUUUAGACAAGUAGCAAACACCAUACCAAUCUUUAUGCAUACAAGUCACUUUCCAAACUUUCGGUCACUUAAAUGGGUCAAUGUAAACAAGGAUUCUACUACUUUCCAUUGGAUGAAUUCAGUUUUGGUCUUCAUUUGUGGACCAGAUGUGCCUGAAAUAAGCCGAUUAGCACUACCCUCUCCCCAUGCAUCCAAUGAUUGUCACUCAAGUAAUUGAUAUUUUUUAAUAAACAAGAUAUUUAAAGCAACCAAAUGUUUCCUUGCACAAUUUAAGGGAUAAAAUUUAUACUAUGGGUGGACUUCACUCACGGUUAGGACAAUCAAAUUCCAAUUCCACCAUCAGUUAAAUUACAUGCACUUUGUAGACAAGAGGACUCCUAAAAUAACUCCACUUUCUGAUGUGUGAAUGGCAACACUCGUUUGUUGGAAAACAGCAAGUUUCGACAAUACUGAAACUAAAAUUUAUCAAAACUAUCCCUCCCCACACUUCAUUUCAACCUGCUCUCCCAAAUUCAAAGACAAUUUUAGUGAUGUCAUAUAUUCCCAUUUUAAAGUAGAUUUUUCAUUCUAUUUUCUGUUAUCUUAAGUUUUCACAAAUGAAAAACAACAACGAAACAAGUGGGUAACUUACGCAGCCUUUUCAAAUUGCAGCAGUUCCAUUAAGUCAGAAGAGAAAUGCAGAUACCUUUCUUGGGAUAACUUUCUUGUAUAGUCAAAAAAAAACAAACACUUUCUACUGGAAGCCUAAAAAACUGCAUUUGCACACACCCAAACAACAUGACUUAUCACAUUUGAAUCUUUAUAAAGAUAAGUGAACAAAGGAAAGGAGAUAAUGCACUUAACAUAUCUGAAAAAUAUUUUUUAAUGAAGUUCAACAAAUACUUCGUGAUGCAAAUGUAAUUAUAAACCACAAUAAAAAGUUUUUUUUACCAGAAGUAGAAGCAUCAAUCAAAUCAAUUUACAGGCACAUGGUUCAAUCUCAAGUGUUACAAAUCUGAAACACAACUCCGUUAAAUUUUACACGCCCACCCCAACCAUGCAAAAUAUACAUGUCAACAAGUUCAAAAUGAUAACAAUUUUGAAAAUCCCCAGUUUACAAAUUGAAUCAUUCUUGAUAAUAUAUGCAUAAUGUUAAAUUAUUCAUACAUUUCUGAUUUUCAAAAUGGGCUCAUGAAAAGAAGCAAAAUAUACAAGAAUUACAAAAUCAUCAUAUACAGAGAAAAAAUACAAUAGCCUACCAGCAAACAGACCACCAACGGUAGGGAGAAAGCUUUCAAUGCUUUUACUUUUGGACCCAAAACACGACAGGAACACUGGGCAUACACACCAGCUUGAAGCAUGGUUUUACAGCAGCAUCAGAUUUCAAUAGUCAAGGUUGUAGGCUGGGGUAUAGGAGCUGCAAAAAUAUUUCUCCAACCCCCUCGAAUGCAAUUUUCAAAUUUAAGAGUGGUCAAACAAGAAACAGUCAACUACAAAAGUAUCAACUUCAAUAAAAUUUCUUAACAAAUAAUUUUAAAUAAAAAAAGGACAUAUGAAGGAACAUUUAGACAAGUAGCAAACACCAUACCAAUCUUUAUGCAUACAAGUCACUUUCCAAACUUUCGGUCACUUAAAUGGGUCAAUGUAGACAAGGAUUCUAUUACUAUCCAUUGGAUGAAUUCAGUUUUGGUCUUCAUUUGUGGACCAGAUGUGCCUGAAAUAAGCUGAUUAGCACUACCCUCUCUACCAAUGCAUCCAAUGAUUGUCACUCAAGUAAUUGAUAUUUUUUAAUAAACAAGAUAUUUAAAGCAACCAAAUAUUUCCUUGCACAAUUUAAGGGAAAAAAUUUAUACUAUGGGUGGACUUCACUCACGGUUAGGACAAUCAAAUUCCAAUUCCACCAUCAGUUAAAUUACAUGCACUUUGUAGGCAAGAGCACUCCUAAAAUAACUCCACUUUCUGAUGUGUGAAUGGCAACACUCAUUUGUUGGAAAACAGCAAGUUCCGACAAUACUGAAACUAAAAUUUAUCAAAACUAUCCCUCCCCCCUUCAUUUCAACCUGCUCUCCCAAAUUCAAAGACAAAUGCAAUUUUAGUGAUGUCAUAUAUUCCCAUUUUUAAGUAGAUUUUUCAUUCUAUUUUCUGUUAUUUUAAAGUCAAAUGAGGAAAUUACAUGUUCAAGAUCUAAGAGUUUAGCAAAUUAAUCCAACAUAAUUACGUAUCUCGGAUCAAAUGAUCAUCACAUCUUGAGCACUUCUUUUUUCGCUUUUCCAGCAACUUUUCGACGAAGACUCCUGAAAAGGACUUGUUAUGUAUUGAACUUUCCCCCCCCCCCCCCCCCCCCCAAAUUUUUAUCUCAAGAGCACAAUUCAGAUUUGCUUACCACACUCUGGCAAAAUAACACGUUCGAAACAGCAAGUCAGCGACUGCUUAAUUAAAUCAUGGUAAACCUUCAAUAGUAAUGGGCACCUCUUCUAGGCAUCUUGCGUUUAGUCACCGCAAUUCAUUAGCAUUCUAAACAUUUACACUUCAUCUGUUUCACAUCACCAAGCUUCUUACUUCACUUUUAAGAACACCUAGAAUACAAUAAAAACAUAUCCCUUUCCUACACCCCCCCCCCCCCAGCUAAUUAAUUUCCAAUUAGUGUCAACACUUGACACCAGAUGAAUUCUCUAAAAUAUUAACACCCUCACCCCAAAAUUGAAGCAUUAUCUAAGUUUUCUCUACUCAGGAAAGUUACUCUUGUUAAAACCAAUUAUCUGCAAUUUUCAUUCCAAUUUUGAAUUAGCAAUCCUAUUGCCAAAACAUUUUCCUGAAUUUCUAACAGAAAGUUAACCGAAACAUGUGUCCUUAAUAUUGAAUCAAUUAAGAUACAAAUUUUACCACACUUCACAAUCUUUCAUCAUCACGAAAUUCAUCCUCCUUAAAUACAUUUCCUACACCUCACAAUGUACACAAAACGCAACUUACAUUAUAAGGGCUUGCAUCAUGGCUACUUGAAUCACCAUGUCCAUCUUUCUCUUUAAAAAUCAUUUGUCUUAUUUAGAACGCCCUUUGUGUGCAUUUACUGACCUGUUAUUUAUAUUUGAACUCUUCGCAACACAUCAAUUCACCAUUUAUUUUUUUUGACAGUUGCUCAACUUACAUUUCUUUUCAGGUUUCUCCGAGCAUUAUUUUUUUUUAAGAUACCACAAUACCUUUACAAUUUUUCCUCUUAGUCACGGAUCACUUUUUGCUUGCAUUCAUUUAGUAUAUACCUUGGCGCACGCUUCGGAUAACUUUCUAUCCUGGAAAUGUUUCACAUACAUACCGGUUUUUACAUAACUUGAAAUCAUUUGCAAUAGAAUUUCUUUUCGGUCUCGUUUUGUUUUGCAUUUCUGUACCACUCCUUUUGAUACUUUUACUUCAUGCUUUGGACUUCUGACGUUCAUAGAGAAGUAUCUGAAACUUGCUCAUUAGGAAAGCAUAGCAAAGAAAUUGGAAGGACACGAUAGUAUUUUUCAAAAUUUAAAGCUAUGACGUUACAGCCAAAUACAGCAAUACGUAGUCUGCCUUUUUCCCCCUAAAUAUUCAUUUAUGCAACAUUUGUUUUACUUAUUUGCUUGCCUGUCCUAGCUGAUCUUCAGUCUGUUAUUUCAUCAGCUCUUGGUUGACAUUCAUUUCUGAAAAUGUACCUUUAAGGCAUUUUCGAACACAAGUAUAAAGAACAAAUUUGGCUUUUACCAAAUAUGGAAACUUUCAGCAGAAGCUUUUAUACUUAAUAUUGUGAUUAAAGACAAUGUGGCCUUCCUCAUGCAAAUUUGCAAUUACCACGUGAACGGUAACAAUCAACAUACUCGUACUUUGAGCAUACUUGCUUUAAACCACCAACAGGAAUUUUCUCCGUUCUUUAUAUGUCUAUGUUCACUGAAAAAAUUAGCAUGGCAAUGAAAAGUUUAAUGGCUGCCCCAUACGGAGCAGCCGUGCAUUUCAGACCAUUCAACCCAUUACUAACACAUCACAAAACCUCUUUAAAAAAUCAGCAAUUUAUUAAAUUAAAUAAAAUAUUCGCAAAACAAAAACAAAUUCAUGAAGCUGAAGUCCUAAUUUAAAAAUAUCCACUACGUCAGCCAUAUUUACGUCACUUGAAAUGAAGCCCGCCAUCUUGAAAACCUCAAUUCAGCCGAUAUUUUCCAUUGUAGCAAGAACAGAAUUACUUAAAUGAAUCUUAGAAACUCAACAAUGUACCACGACACUUAAAAGACGAGUUACUUAUCUGAAGAAGCCCGUAAACCCCUUCAAGACAAUAGACACACACACUCCCUAAACCGGCACAGCCCUCUCCUUCCAAAAAAAAUCCUUCUGCGC